AUGAAACUGAUACUUUUGUUUUUGCUAUUGGUGUUAUUGACCGUGGAGUUGGAAGCGGUUGGUGGUAAACGAGAAGCUGUGCCCGCUCCAUCGACAGCGAAGGGUCCAAACUUCGGGCAUUCGAACUCUGAGUUGUGGAGACCGAGAGGAAGAAGAAACAAGCGUUGGUACUUCUGGUAUCGCCGUUACUAUGGUGGCUACUCCCGACGAUCCUACUACUAUUGGUACCGUAACUACUACAGUAAUUACUACAGUAAUUAUUAUUACUCGUAUUAUUAUGGAAAGAAAAAGUGA